AUGCCAUAUACUCCAAUUGAUGUUAAUGUAGAAGAAUCUGCAUUUCAAAAAGAAGUUUCUGAAAUUAAAAAAUGGUGGUCAGAACCAAGAUGGAAAAAAACUAAAAGAAUUUAUACUGCUGAAGAUAUUGCUAAAAAAAGAGGUACAUUAAAAAUUGAUUAUCCUUCUUCUCAACAAGCUGAUAAAUUAUUUGAUUUAUUAACAAAACAUGAUGCUGAUAAAACUGUUUCUUUUACUUUUGGUGCUUUAGAUCCAAUUCAUGUUGCUCAAAUGGCUAAAUAUUUAGAUUCUAUUUAUGUUUCUGGUUGGCAAUGUUCUUCAACUGCUUCUACUUCAAAUGAACCUUCUCCAGAUUUAGCUGAUUAUCCAAUGGAUACUGUUCCAAAUAAAGUUGAACAUUUAUGGUUUGCUCAAUUAUUUCAUGAUAGAAAACAAAGAGAAGAAAGAUUAACUUUAUCAAAAGAAGAAAGAGCUAAAACUCCUUAUAUUGAUUUUUUAAGACCUAUUAUUGCUGAUGCUGAUACUGGUCAUGGUGGUUUAACUGCUAUUAUAAAAUUAACUAAAUUAUUUAUUGAAAGAGGUGCUGCUGGUAUUCAUAUUGAAGAUCAAGCUCCAGGUACUAAGAAAUGUGGUCAUAUGGCUGGUAAAGUUUUAGUUCCUGUACAAGAACAUAUUAAUAGAUUAGUUGCUAUUAGAGCUUCUGCUGAUAUUUUUGGUUCAAAUUUAUUAGCUGUUGCAAGAACUGAUUCUGAAGCUGCUACUUUAAUUACUUCAACUAUUGAUCAUAGAGAUCAUUAUUUUAUUGCUGGUGCAACUAAUCCAGAAGUUGGUGAUUUAGUUACUUUAUUAGUUGAAGCUGAAGGUAAGGGAGCUACUGGUGAUGAAUUAGGUGCCAUUGAAGUUGAAUGGACAAGAAAAGCUGGUGUUAAAUUAUUUAGUGAAGCUGUUAUUGAUGAAAUUAAUAAUGGUAAUUAUUCAAAUAAAAAAGAUUUAAUUAAAAAAUUUACUGAUAAAGUUAAUCCAUUAAGUAAUGCAUCAAAUAAAGAAGCAAGAAAAUUAGCUAAAGAAUUAACUGGUAAAGAUAUUUAUUUCAAUUGGGAAGUUUCAAGAGCAAGAGAAGGUUAUUAUAGAUAUAAAGGUGGUUGUCAAUGUGCUGUUAUGAGAGGUAUUGCAUUUGCUCCUUAUGCUGAUUUAAUUUGGAUGGAAUCUGCAUUACCAGAUUAUUCUCAAGCUAAAGAAUUUGCUGAUGGUGUUAAAGGUGCUGUACCAGAUCAAUGGUUAGCUUAUAAUUUAUCACCUUCAUUUAAUUGGAAUAAAGCUAUGCCACCAAAUGAACAAGAAACUUAUAUAAAAAGAUUAGGUGAAUUAGGUUAUGUUUGGCAAUUUAUUACUUUAGCAGGUUUACAUACUACUGCAUUAGCUGUUGAUGAUUUUGCAAAUAAUUAUUCACAAAUUGGUAUGAGAGCUUAUGGUCAACAAGUUCAACAACCAGAAAUUGAAAAAGGUGUAGAAGUUGUUAAACAUCAAAAAUGGUCUGGUGCCACUUAUAUUGAUGGAUUAUUAAAAAUGGUUAGUGGUGGUGUUACUUCAACUGCUGCUAUGGGUGCUGGUGUCACUGAAGAUCAAUUUAAAGAUCAUUAA